AUGGUCUCUGCGUAUCAUGUUUACACAUUUUUGAUGAUUUCUGGUGUGUUAUUAAUCAGUAUUGGUUUUAUUAGUACUGCUAAUUAUAUAAAGAUACGAAAUAAACGUCGUCAAUAUAUGAAUACUACUUGUCUUCUUACAAAUUAUGAAUGUAUUGAUCGACAAUGUAGAUCUUGUGUUUCAGCCAACGGUUGGAGAGGAAAAUCUUGUGAAUUCUAUCAAUGCUGGGAUGAAUAUCUUACAAUAUUGUAUUCUAUUUCAAAUGGAACCAGCAUGAAAACCAGUCUUGCUUUUAACAGUAUUCGUGAAUGUACUCAACAUAUAAAGAGUGGCAAUAAUUAUACAUGUUUCUAUCAAAAAUUAGAUGUUAAUUCAAUUGAAUUGGAUUUACCCGAUGGAAGAGUUUGGAUUAUUUUAAUGAUUACGUCUUUCAGUCUUUUUGGCAUUGUAAUUAUUUUCGGUUUACUAUUUCGAUUUUUUAAUAGAACCGAAGUAGACAUUACUCUCCGUCCCCGACAAGAUUCCAUUAUGCUUGAAGAACGUCAACACUUGAAUUCAAAUUGA